CAAACUUGCAUAGCGAUAGCGUGUGAAGUGUUGAAAUAUUCAGUUCUAAUUCUAGAAUAUCGAAAAGUCCAUUGCUAAUAGGCCAAAAAACUUGCAAUAACUAAAAUUUGCUACGUUUUGCAUGACACCCUCUGCCGGAUGAGCAAAAUGGACAAACCAAUUGUGCUCGUUCUGUCGGCUGAUCCGGCUGUCGAACCGGAAGCGCUGAUAGGCAAAGUGCGAAAAAUUCCGACCAUCCAGUGCAGGGAACAGCUUGCCGAUGGUCAGACCGGUUACGUGUACAGCAUUAGUACUAAGUACUAUCAAACGGAAAUAGUGCUUUGUCCGUGGAAGAGCUCAUCCGAGCUGAGUGCUCUGCCGGAGGCAAUUCUGAAACAGACGGAAGGAAUACUAAUCUAUUUCGAUGCAACGGAUCGAGAUUUUUUGAAGCGAUUGCCGGGCUAUGCGAGUUUUGUGACGGAUGCGGAUAUAGAAUUUGGCAUUCUGCUCUGUUCGGAACUGCAGGAAGAGAGCGACAAAGGGAUCACGUAUCGUGAGGCGAAACAGUUUUGCAACGUGUUGGAUGUUAUAGAGCUGGAACCGAGCGGCGAGACGGAGGAUGAGGAAGCAGCUGGGGUGGACGAGUUGAUCCAGGCGAUGCACAAUUUCAUCUGGUCCAAUGUAAAUAUGAAUCGGAAAGCUGGUGAUGUUGCUGGCGGAGGAGCGGAACUGGGGACUUCGAAUGUAAAUGAGCAAACGACGGCCGAAGACGAACGAAGGAUUGAGGAAGAACUUAAGGGGUUCGAGAAGCUGCUCAUUCAGGUUAUGCAAUUCCGUCCGAACACGAAUUCUUGGACCCGAAAUGAACGGCUGGCUUACGCCCAGGAGUUUGCGGAAAUGUUUGACGAGUUGCUGGAAGACGAGGACUGAGCGUAUGUUGCGAUUUCGUUCUGUGAUGGAAACCGGAUGCGUUCCAUGGAUAUGAUGAAAUAUUGAUCCGAAGGAUAUAGUAUUACCCAUAUUAGAUCUUAUUUAUUAACAUAUAUUUUGUUCGAUAUUGUGAAUCGUGCAUCGCGAUGCAGUGCGACUUAUAGUCUUAUAAGAUUGCGGAUGUAACAUUUUUAUUGAUGAUUAAAGUUUUGAGGUUUUAAACACCGA